AUGACAUAUCCUGCCGCAUUCGAGAUCUACCGAUCCCAUUGUGAGACACACUUAACCAACCCACAAUACAAAACAGUAUCAACAUCCACAUCGACAUUAAACGAAGUGGAAGAAAUCCUUGAAUUAAAAAGUAAUGAUGAUAGUGAUGACGAUAAUUCUGACACCAGCAGUAAUACCAGAGCCAUCAGAGCGCCAGAGGGAACGGCACUCAUCAUCCCUCCCCAGAGAGGAGAUUAUGAGAAUAACAGCGACAACAACGGCGGCAAGAAACAUUGGAUUAUAUGUUUAUUCACCUCUGGUGGAUUUGGGAGACGACGCAGUUCUCCUGGGGUUAUCUUGCAUAAUACUCUUCUCGCAGUGAGGGAUAUGAAAGAACAGCUUGCUCUGUUGGGGGAGGGAAAUGAAAGCAAGGGAGGCGAUAACCAUAGUCAUAAUCAUGAUGAAGCUGGUAAUAAGGAUUAUAAUUGUAAAGAUGAAGAUGAGGGUUUAGGAAUGCCCAGUGGGCUCUGGUCGUGUCGAUUUAAUUCGGGCUUGUUUGCGGUUCCUUGGGAGUUGUCUAGGAAGGUGUUGGUUGAGGAGGGUUUGACGGUGACUGUUGUCAACUGA